AUGAUAAGCAUCAGAACAUUUGUCAUAGGAUCCGUGGUGCAACAUCGAAACCCGUUUCAAAUAGUCCCCUUUUUAGACGAUGAGUUUGAGUCGCAGUCGCAGUCGUCACUGGUGUUUUCAUCUUACAUUUGUAGCUCAGGCAGCGCAUGCACCGCUUAGAAUAUCAAUACUCAUCCAGAUUCUGUUCCUGCUCCUCGGAGCAUAUUUUUAUUGAUUCAACAAGCAACACUAUCGAGAUUUAGCAGAAGUACUAGAUCACUCAACUACAACUAGUACACACAGAAUUAUAGACAAGAAAAUACAUCAAUUUCAAUUUCAAAUGCUGUUUUCAAUCAUUCGCUUUCGUAGUUGUAUUUUCGUAGUUGAAAUCGAAGAUUCAUUCUACUGAUUUGAUUUUACGCAAACGCAAGAAUCGUGUGAAGAUAAGGAUCUCAGUACAGCAUGAAGAUGGAUCAAUGUCAUUUUCAAUGUUGUUCAUCGUCCGAAUUCAUUGUUAUUGCUACUGUAGAUGUAAUUGAUAAAAACCCUUUUAGCACUGCUUUGAGAAAAAGAGCAAUGGGUUAAUUUAUAUCUUGAUCAUGAAUUUGUGGGCAGGUUAACAAGUUCCCUCGAACCUAUCCCGUCCCGGUCAUACCUAGGUACUACAGUCCGGUGCGCAAAAACAACGGGAGCUGCAGGCCCAACACAAACCCCCUUUUCUGCGAGCUCUGUGUUGUUAGCUAGUCCAAGAACACAAAUCCGCUAGUCCAAGAACGCAAAUCAACUAGUCAUCAUAAUAUGUAGCAACUGACAACUGUCACGAAGAUGAAUUGGGAUCGAUCGUAAAGAUAGCUCUAGUUUCUUCGAUCUUCUUUUCAUGACUGCUUCUGGUUCUGCUACAACAUGAUGAACAACAAAAUCUAAUGAUUUCCAGAGCUACAACUCAUAAGGAUGCAUAUUUUUUGAGUGAGUUGCGCUUGCGAUCUAGUCUUGUCAUAAAAACAUACUAAAUGGGCUGGAUACAGCAGUGUCUUUUUUCUUGCUACACGUUGAUUUUCUUACAUCAGAUAACCGCCUCCCUACCGUUCGUAUCAUUCCAUGAACAACAUACAACAUAAAUAUCCUUCACUUGCACAUUUUAUUCGGUCCUUCCUUGCACCUGAUACUUAUCUUCCGCCCUAUCUGUAACUGUAUCUGUCAUACCUAUUCAGUGACGCAAAAAGCACAUCAUGAAAGAUAACGACCAUCAUUCUCAUACAUUUGAUUGUUCUCCAUGAGGUUUGUCCUCGCGACAGCACAUGCCAUUUUUUUUGCAUUGCCAACACGCAGAUAUGCUUGGCGAAAGAAAGGG